AUGGCUACCCCCAGUGUUCUCGCUUUUGACGCUGAGGGUCGAGCCAUUGACUUUGAGAUUUGGGUGGAUGACCUGCAGCUUUUCCUACAGUGCGAUAGGGCAGACGGUCUUUCCCUCUUUGACCUCACCUCUGGUGCUUCCCCUGCCCCUACUGCCGAUGCCGACGCCACUGUUCGCUCCCAAUGGGCCACUCGCGAUGCUGCUGCACGUCUUGCCGUGCGUCGCCACCUGCCUACCACUGAGCGCGCGCACUUUAGCCAGUACAAGAGUGCUCUGACCUUCUACGACGCUGUCGUUGCACGCUACUCCUCCCCUGCCACUACUGCACUGAGCCGCCUCAUGCUACCGUACCUCUUUCCUGACCUUGCUGCCUUUCCCACAGUCGCUCACCUCAUUACGCAUCUCCGCACUAGUGACACUCGCUACCGCGCCGCGCUUCCUGCUGAGUUCUGCGCCAAGAACCCCCCCCCAUUCUGUCCCACCACUCUCACUGUUGACCUCCUAGAGAAGGCCCUCCUAGCGGCGGAGAAGAGCAGAGUUGCUGUAGGAGCCUCUCGUGGUGACCCUCGCACCCCCAUCUUUGAGGGGUGUUCCCCUUCCCCCCUGUUGCCCUCUGUCGCCUCUGCUGCUGCGGCCGACCUCGUUGGUCUUGAGUCGGUCGGUGCGGCGUCUGCCCCUAGCGGGAGACGCCGCUCUAGCAAGGGCAAGGGGGGCAAGGGCGCGGGUGGGGCUAGCGGGGGUGGUGGAGUUGGCGGUGGGGGUGGCGGGGGGAGUGGGGGUGGCGGUGGGAGUGGUGGCGGGGGUGGAGGUGGCGGUGGCAGCGGCGGAGGCGGAGGCGGCGGUGGCGGUAGCGGUGGGAGCAGAGGCGGCGGUGGCGGCAGAGGUGGAGGCGGCGGUGGUGGAGGAGGUGGAGCUGGUCGGGGUGGUGCUUCUCAGCGGAGCGGCUUCGGGAGUAGUCAGCGCCAGCAGCAGCAGCAGCAGCAGCAGCAGCAGCAGCAGCAGCAGCAGCAGCAGCAGCAGCAGCGUUCUCGAGACAUCCCCCCUCCUCAGCAGCUCCGUGAGUGCCCCCUCUAG